GGGAGCUGAAGCCGAGCCACUAUUUAGCAGUCGAGCCGAGAACACAAGCGACGCAAGCCGGAGCUUUUUCAGCACCAGCGCCGAGCGGACAGAGACACCGCAGCCCAGCAACUCCCGGCCGACUUGAGCAGCAUCAUGGUUCUCAUCUGGACACAGUUUGGAGUCAAGCACAAAAAUGUCAACGUCAAGUGCAAAGUUCGGGUGAUGCACAGAGGAGACAGCUUGGGAUCGGCUUCAUCCGCUGAAGGCACCAAAUCGGAGCCGGACGCCCCCUGUCUUUCCAUCAAGCCCAGUGCCGGCAAGGACUUCUACAAAGUCCUGGGCGUGGCGCCGGACUCCAACGAGGACGAGAUCAAGAAGGCCUACCGCAAGAUGGCGCUCAAGUUCCACCCAGACAAGAACAGCGACGCCGACGCCGAGGACCGCUUCAAGGAAAUCGCCGAGGCCUACGAGGUGCUGACCGAUCCCGGGAAGAGGAGCGUCUACGAUCAGUUCGGAGAGGAAGGUCUCAAGAGCGGCGUUUCCGUGGCGGGACAGGGCAACACUUUCCGCAAGCACUUCCCCACCGACCCGCACGACACCUUCUCCUCCUUCUUCCACGGCUCCGACCACUUCGACAUCUUCUUCGGUCACGACGGCGAUGACGAUGACCUCUUCAACCCCUUUCGCCGCUUCCCCUUCAGCCACGUGGGCGGUUACCCCGGCCACGAGGGCGGCGGCCUGAGGCGGGGCGGGCGGCGGCCGUGGGGCAAGGCGCUAGUGCGCGAGCUGCCGGUCAGCUUGGAGGACGUGUUGCACGGCUGCGCCAAGCACGUCAAGAUCACCCGCAGCCGCCUCGGUCCGGACGGCCGCAGCCUGUGGACAGAGGACAAGGUGCUGAACGUGGUGGUGAAGAAAGGCUGGAAGGCGGGCACCAAGAUCACCUUCCCCCGGGAGGGCGACGAGACACCCGACAACACGCCCGCCGACGUCACCUUCAUCCUCAGGGACGAAGAGCACCCGCAGUACAAGAGAGACGGCUCCAACAUCAUCUACACGGCCAGCAUCACCCUCAAAGAGGCCCUUUGCGGCUGCACGGUCAACGUUCCCACGCUGGACAACCGCCUGAUGCCCCUGCCGUGCAGCGACGUCAUCAGGCCGGGGGCGGUGCGGCGCCUGCGGGGCGAGGGCCUGCCCGUUGCCCGCAGCCCGUCGCGGCGGGGCGACCUGGUGGUGGAGUUCCAGGUGCUUUUCCCGGACAGGAUCCCGCCGCAGUCGCGGGAAAUCAUCAAGCACAGCCUGGGCCAGUGCUAGCCUGCUCGGCAGCACAGAUGGAAAAAUUCCCUGGCGAGCAAUUGAAAAACUGCAGCGCUACCAUUUAGAUACCCAAAGACUGUGAUUGGUCCCCAAAGAAAAGGGUCUAAAAAAGUCAUAUUUGACAUUCUGUUCCCACCCACAACAUUCUUUGGGAACCAAUCGACAAGCCACAAAAUCCCGCCGACCAACGGAGGGACCACAGCUCCAAGCAAUAGGUAUCCAAUGGCUCGGGUGCCUGUUCCAAUAGGAGGUGCUAUACAACCAAUCACAAACGCCCAUUGUGCUCCGUGCAGGUGGACGCCAUCAAACCUGACAAAAGUGCUCUUUGGUAUCUGAGGACGUCUCCAUUUUGCCUUUCUCUCCGAUGAAAAGCGUAUUCUUAUCAUGUGUACUGUUAUCACUGCAGUAUGUUAUUCGAGUCUGUAUAGACUUAACACAAGGCGGCGGGGGGGUGGGGGGGGGUGACCUACUUGACUAUAGUUAUAUAUGGUACUCAUAUAGGACUUUUACAUUGAUUUUCUUACCGUGUACUUGUGUGCAAAGAUCUCCUUUGUGUACAAAAAAAUCACAAACAACGUUGUCUCUAACAGAGACUCAUGUGUCAAUUGUUCUAUUGAAUUGAAGGUUGUCAAUGAUAUAAAGUGUCUUACUAGGAGCUGGCAGCAUGAAAUUAAUUAA